GAAUUUGCAGGAAGUGUUAAUAGUCGUUUUACCAGCUGAUGAAUUGUCAACAGUCUCAAGACGGGGACCUCUGAUCGUUUCAGAGAGAGCGCCGAUAUUGUCACUGAGAGAAAAAGAGGAGAGGUGGAGAAAGACUUCACGUCCCAGAGUCCCCUGUAGUCUGAGCUCCCAUCACUGGGAGGCUCCCGCCCUCCUCAUCUCUGUCACCAUGGCUACCAGAGGGAGUGGCCGGCCCAAUUGCAUGCUGCCCCAGACAAAGAUAUGCCAGUUUAAACUGGUGUUGCUGGGAGACAUGGCUGUGGGCAAGUCCAGCCUGGUGCUGCGCUUCGUCAAGGGACAGUUUGAUGAGUUCCAGGAGACCACCAUUGGAGCUGCAUUCCUGGCCCAGUCUGUGUGUCUAGACGACACCACUGUGAAGUUUGAGAUCUGGGACACGGCGGGACAGGAGCGCUAUCACAGUCUGGCUCCCAUGUACUACCGUGGGGCACAGGCAGCUAUUGUGGUCUUUGAUAUCACCAAGCCGGAGACGUUUGAGCGAGCCAAAGCCUGGGUGAAGGAGCUACAGAGGCAGGCUAGCCCCAACAUUGUCAUCGCUUUGGCAGGGAACAAGGCUGACCUGGCUGAGAAGAGACUAGUGGAGUACGAGGAGGCCCAGACCUAUUCUGAAGACACUGGACUGCUCUUCAUGGAGACCUCUGCCAAGACGGCCAUGAAUGUCAACGAACUAUUCCUGGCCAUUGCCAAAAAGAUGCCAAAAACGGACACCCAGAACCCUACACACGCAGCACGACACCGGGGAGUGAACCUACAGGACCCUGAUGCCCACAACACCCGAUCCUGCUGUGGAGGAGGCGGCGGGAACUAAGACCUCCACCUCCACCCUGCCAUCAACCUCUGGGGUCAGGCAAGGGGACACCCCCUUCAAACCUCCACCCUCCCAUCCACCCAGACAGCCACACACACAGACAGACAGACAGACAGAGAGAGAGAGAGAGAGAGGGGAAGAAAGAGAGCGUGGGAACAGGAGUCGAAACAGGACGGUUGUCUUGCGAAGCCAGAUAGGUUUCUGACAGAGAGAGAGGUCUGAUAAAGACUGACAGACAGGAAGAAAAAGUGUGUGUGACAAGACUUUGUAUAGUAUUAAGCACUAAUCGUGGAUGUUGUUUUGCGUUCUGUCUGUCUCGAUUCAUUUCAAUCAUGGUUCCAUUUCAUUAUGCAAUCGCUGCAGUGUGGGUUCUUGAGUGGCAGAGGGAAGAAAGGAGAGAUGGAGCGAGGGAGUCUUAAGGGAUGAGGGGGGAAAAGAGUGAAUGGGAUGCAGGUCACACUCCCUCAAAGUACUCCCAUUACUGCUGUCCUGAAUGCCCCCUCAUCACCCCCUCUAGCAUGAGCCCCAGGCAGCCUGAACAACCUAAACCCUCAAGCCUUGGCCUGGCCUGAGCCAUUCCAGACACUUCCCGGUCGUCACAG